GUAACAACAUGUUUGCAUAGAUUGUUUAUAUUUAGAACACGUGUGUUCUGACAGAAUGGGAAAGAAAAACAAAAAAGACAAGCAAGGAAAGGGAAAAGAAAAGACAGAUUUAAAAACAGAGAAGAAUGCUGCAAAACGUGCUAAGAAAGAACUUGCAUCUAAGGGCGAAGAUGACAUAGAAAAAUUAAUAGCAGAAUUUCAAGAACAAGAUAAGUCAAGGACACAGGUGAUAGAAGAAAAAUGUCCUCCUCCAUCACCAAGGUCAAACACAACAUUAAAUGCCCAUCCAGACAAGGAUGAACUUAUUAUGUUUGGAGGAGAAUUUUUUACUGGUUCAAAGAUGUAUAUGUACAAUGACCUACUUUUCUAUAACAUCAAGAAGAAUGAAUGGACAAAGGUCACGGCACCAAAUGCACCUCCACCAAGAAGUUCACAUCAGGCUGUAACCUUAAAACAAGGCGGGGGACAGCUUUGGAUAUUUGGUGGAGAAUUUGCAAGUCCAACACAAUCACAAUUUUACCAUUACAAAGAAUUAUGGGUCUUUCAUUUGAAAGAUAAGAGAUGGGAAAAAAUUCGUGUCCCUGGAUCACCAUCCAGCAGAAGUGGUCACAGAAUGGUUAUUUGUAAGAAACAGUUGAUUGUGUUUGGAGGUUUCCAUGACAACAUUAGGGAUUACAAAUAUUUUAAUGAUGCAUUUGCAUUUAAUUUUGAAACAUACUCAUGGGAUAAGCUUGAGAUAACAGGUAAUCCACCAGCCCCACGGUCAGGAUUUAUGAUGGGGGUGUUCCAAGAUAUCCCUAAAGCAGUGGUGUAUGGAGGCUACAGCAAAGAGAGAAUAAAGAAAGAUGUUGAUAAAGGAACAAUACAUACUGAUAUGUUUAUAUUGUGUGCCUGUGAUGCCAAGAAGAAGGAUGAUAGUGCCCCUUUGAAAUGGAGAUGGGUACAAGGGAAACAGUCUGGAAAUAAACCUAGUCCUCGUUGUGGUAUGCCUAUGGUAGUAAUCCCUGGUAACAAAGCUGUCUGUUUUGGUGGAGUGUUUGACGAGGAAGAAGAUGAAGAGCAGUUAGAAGGCAGGUUUUAUAAUGAUAUGUAUAUGUUGGAUAUGGAAAAGGGAAAAUGGUUCAAUAUGGCACCAAGAGGGAAGAAGGACGAAAAAGAAAAGAAGAAAAGGAGAAGAAAUAAAGAAAAUGAUGAAGAUAUGGAAGAAGGAGAUGAAGAAGAAAGUGACGAGGAAGAGAAUGAUAAUGUAAACAUGGGAGAUGAAAAUGAAGCAACACAGGAAAUUAAAAAACUCAAGUUAGAUGAGGAAAAGGGGGCAUGUGGGGUUAGUGAAGAAGUAACUGAUGGUGUAUUUACUGUAAAAGUUGGACCUCAAAGUUCUACUUCACAAUGCAGUAAUACUAUGGACAUGGAUGAUACAGACAUGAGUGUAGACAAAGACUUAUUUGUUCCUAGUCCUAGAAUGGGGUCAGCAUUGACUGUUAAAAAUAGUAUGUUAUAUUUAUAUGGUGGGACUUAUGAAUCUGGUGAUAAACAAUGGACUUUGUCAGAUUUAUAUUCUAUUGAUUUACAUAAAAUGGAUGAAUGGAGGAUUAUAAUUCAGGAUGAUGAAAAAGGAAAGGUUUGUGAGGACUCUGAUUCCUCAGACGAUGAAGGCAAAACAAAGAAAAGUGAGGACAUGGAAGUGUCAGAUGAUGAUGACGACGAUGAUGAUGAUGACUUAGACGACAUAUUGGAAGGAUGUGACGUUCCCGUGAAGACUGAAGAUGAGCCUGUAAAUGAUUACUUUGAACGGACUAAAGAGUUCUGGCUUGAGCAGUCAGAGAAAUACUUUAAAAGUGAAGAUAUGAGUGUUUCCAAAAGAACUAUACAAAAAUUUGCUAAAGAAAUGUGUACUGAAUAUAAUAAAAAAUGAAAAUUCCUUCA